UACAUUUUACGAGAGAUGAUCGAGAGGCUUCUUUCGAUACUUUUUUUUAGUGGAUUUUUUGGUAUAUAUCUUCUUCAAGAACGUUCUUUUGUGCUAAAUAAGUCUCGAGGUUUCCUUAAUCUUUAUCGAAAAUGACAAGAACCGGCUGCUAGCUGCAGGGCAGCACAGGGCCCAAGAUGAGCAAGAAGUCUACUCCUAGCAAGGCGGGAGUGACAUACAGGACCAGCUCCCGCAGGAACGGUUGGAGCUGUCCUCCUCACCCGCUGCAGUUUGUCGCUUGGAUCUUCAUCGCCGCCUUCGCAGUGAUGUUCCAUGGCAUGGCCGUACCCACCAUUCCGUAUCAUUGGCAGCCGGCCUGUCACAUGAUCGUGGGUGUCGUGCUCGCCGUGCACGUCAUAACGCACCUGGUGUGCCUGACCAUCAACCCAGCUGACCCCAGCACCCUGCGCAGAGACAAGAAGGCCAUGCCGGAGUUUGACCGGACCCAGCACAAGCACGUCAUAGAGAACAACCACUGCUACCUCUGUGAGGUGGACGUUGGCUUGAGAUCCAAGCAUUGUAGUUCGUGCAAUAAGUGCGUUGCUGAUUUUGAUCACCAUUGCAAAUGGCUGAACAACUGUGUGGGCUCCAGAAACUACAGGUGGUUCAUCACUUGUCUGGGUUCAGCCUUUCUAUGCUGCUUGUUUGUCUUCGCUGUCUUCCUGUACAUUUCCAUAGUCUACUGGGUCAACCCAAAGCUCCUUCAUCCAGAGUUAUAUGAUGGUGCUGCAACCACACAGUCAACGGUCACAGCGGAAGAACUGACAACCUCACAACUCCUCAACAACUCAGUGAGUCCAACAACAGACAUCUCCGACCCUCUGGUAGCUUACCGGAGCGGUCUCAGGAUCUUUGGAGAGGUGUCGGGUACAGCCUUCUUUGUUGUAGCCAUUAUACUCGCCGUUCUGCUAUUAGUAACACUCUGCCUUCUGGGUCAUCUUCUUGGCUUCCAUAUGUUUCUGAUCUGCCAUGAUAUGAGCACCUAUGACUAUGUCAUGCAAGACCGCAACGCCUUCAUCAGUGGUGACGUGGAAGCACAGCAAAAGAAACCAAAGAAAAAAGGCUGUUGCAAGUGCAAUAAUCAAGUUGCGCCGCUGCAGGAGGCCAAGGAAGAAAUUGAAAUGACCGACACCAAAAAAGACAGUACCACAAGCCAACUAGAGUCCAACAACAACUCCAACUCCAACCUCCAGCAGCAGCUUGUCAUAUCAGAGCCUCUCAUCAAGCAGGAACAACAGCAGCCCCAGCAACAACUGCAGGACAAACAGGAGCCGCAGAGCGUAACAGUUGCAGACAGCAAACCCAAGUCAAAGAAGAAAAAGAAGUCCAAAAAGAAAUCCCAACGCAUGCGCUCCCUGACGGCCAGGGAAUCACUCCAGCCUGCGCUGAUGGGCCAUCCUUACCCCCCAUCCCAGAUGAAUCUGGCCAACAGCAUGCCCCAGACCUACCUUGAACAGCACCUAGUCCGGAGGUUUAGCCUACCCCUGGUCACCCCAGCAGGAAUGCACCCCCAAUACCCUGUAGCUGAGCCUGUUGAGGACCUGUUCUUCACCCAGCAGUUUCCCACAGUGCAACGGCCCGUCACGAAUCCCCAGGAUGGACAAGCCCGUCAGUGGCGCCCGAUCCCCCCUCCCGCGGCCAUCAGCUUCGACUCGCCCACCCCGGCUGUAGACUACCACUCCUCCUCGGCCGAGAGCCUGGUUGAGAUCCCCCUCGGUCGGGCAUAUCACAGAGGGUCCUUCAGCCAUCCUGCACAGAAAGCCUUGCUGCCCGGCGGGAACCAGUUAGUAACCGGUUACCAGCAUCCCUUAGAGAAGCGGCACCUGAGUCACAACAGCCAUCCCAACUUGACGACGAGUGGUAACCAGCGGCAACCAGACAUCAAGCAACUUGGUGCCGGAGUGACCCAUCUGGAUAGCAACACGAACAAUAUGUCUCACUUAAAAAUAUCCAAAAGGACAUCUGCAAGAACUAAGAGAAAAGAAGUGUCGAAUGUUUCGCCUGCUACCGGACAGCGGAAUGAAAUAGACAGGACAAGAAGGCAUUCCAUCAAGGAGCCACUGCUAGUGCAGACCGUUCAGGAAGCAGAAUCACAAAUAGUGCCAGAUGCUGACAGACUCGAUAAAAAACCUGGAAACUCAGGGAGGAGGGCCAAAAAGCAAAGAUCGCCACAGUCUGUGGAGACAACGGCUGAAGUACACCGGCAACUGGAUGAUCACUCAGAGUCGGCCUUGCAAUCUUCAAGUGAUAGCCAGCAGCGGAGGAUGCCAGGGCAAGACCAAGAGGCAAAGGUUGACAUAAACCCCCAUCUCCAGGACCGCACCACAUCGGACACCAGAACUCAGAACGGGCAAGCGCCACCACCCAAGGCUGCCCCAGUGGCCGCGCCAAGGAGGCGAACUCUAAAGUUGGGCCAAGAGCCCUCGGGAAGUCAGACCUCUCUCCACAGCUCCUCCUCCCGUCAGCAUCUCCUGGAAGAUGCGGACAGAGAUAGUAAUCGUCCGUCAUCAGGAAGAUCCAGGAAGGAGCAGCUUCAGGAAAACGGCUCCCACGAUGCCGUAUCCCUCCCCGGUUCCAUCCCUGAGGUCCCACCUUUGGAUCUCGGCCCCCUGGCAGACACCCAGGACUCAAAGGCUGCCUCGGUGACUCACAGACCGCCUUCCGACCGUGGGUCGCCCGCAGAUGAGCAACUAGUUGAGGGUUACUCCUCUGAGGAAAUGAACUCAAAGCCCAUGUCACGGAGACGAUCCUUACUGCUGCGUUAUUAGAGCAAGUUAAAACUUGCACUUGAUGUUCCUGUCCCUUUCUUUGUUUUCAAGGACCAUUUAACGUUUUUCGAAAAUAGUACUGGAUCUAUAGAAGAUAUUUCAUCAGUGAAAGUAUUACGUUAGUGCCAAAGCACAUAAGAUUACUACUUUUCUAUUUUCAUUGUACAAGUGCACUUCUUGGACAUGGAAUAACAACUGCUGAUACUAUAAUAAUAAUAAUAGGAUUUAUAAAGCGCCAUUCCAUCUAGAUCAUGGUGCUAAAGCAACACAAGAUAAUGAAAACAGACAUAUUAACAUGAAAUUGGAAACAGGUGUGCUAUUAAGUGUUUUCUGAGUAAUGAAAUAGUCUCCUGUGAUCUGAUGCUUGAGGGUAUGGUGUUCCAGAGCUUAGGGCCCGCAAUAACGUAGGCACGGUCAGUGGAGGUGUUCUUGGAUACAAUCGUGGCAAUAGUCAGAAGUACAUAUUUCUGUAAAUCACCUACAUAGUUGGAAAACAGGUUUCGCUGCAUUGUAGUGUACUAUAAGCUAUGCACAUCAUUAUAACCUACAUACACUUAUUCCCUAAAAUUUGCUGUUCAGCUGCUGGCUACAGACCAACUCAAUUUGCGUCAGAAACUGAUCAGAAGAAUGCAAGAUUCACUUCAAUGUUAUGGAAUAUCUCUGGCUCGAGUUGAUAUUUUCAGAAAAGAUUGCAUCAAAGUCUUAGUCUGUGGAAUGUCCGCUUGCACACAAGGGCCUACGAUGUGCGUGCAGAUCCGGCAAUUGUUAUGCAAAACAACACCGCGUCUUGACCUCGAGAUUCUGACCUUUUAGCGGGCGCCUUCUGUUGGGUCUUUGGUAACCCGUUGUUGUAUUACAAAAAGAUGGCAGUAAUAAAUUGACCAAUCAACAACUCAGUUCACAUUUCUGGCCAAAAUGAUGUCACAAUAUCCAAAGUCAACUCCGAUUGGCUGGCGGGCGGGGACGCAUAAAUUUGCAGUGCACACACAUAUCAGACAUUGUUGCGGGGAUAGCGUGCGGGCUCCGUUAAACAAUGGAUGAUACUCAAACAAAGUCUCAGGAAGUUUCUUUAUGUUGGCAAAAAGUCAAACUAGUAUUACAAUCUCAAUUGGAGAAUUACUACAUUCAUUCACAUUGUACUCUGUAGUACAAUAUAUACAUAUGUAUACUAGUGAGGUUUGCGUUAACACUACGUGGAAUAACCUCUUUUGAGAAGAUGUGUGGUUCUGAAAAGAACCGGUUGGUUGUGAAAUUCGAUGUUCCGAUCAGUAUGCUCAGAUUGAUUACCUUCGUAUAUGUACAUUUACAUAUAAUAUACAUGUAUGAUACAGCAUACGGUGCUUAAUACACAGUGCACUUGGGGCUUUCUAUCUGAUAAUCUUUCUGCUAUUGAAAAAAAAAACACUUUCAACUGCCUUCACGAUAAGGACGACAUCAAUUAAAGGGAAUAUACAUCAUUUGCUUUUGCUGUAAUUUUCAGAAAUGGAUGGAAUUGGGGGGUUGGA